CACCCCACACCCACACCCAGGUCUUUGCCCUGGGUCCAGAGUCUGGGUCCUACCUACAUAUGGCACCGAGGAUACCUAGAGGCCCCAUGCAAGAGAAGGCCCUUGUUUUCCAGGCACUGAGGACCGCAGUCCCUAAUUCCUGGCAGUUCCUGAGAUCUCAAGGAAAGCAGGGUCAGCGAGGAGGCCUGGGGAGAGGCAUCCUACACCCGAUCUUGUGGCCUGCUGCCUAAGGGAAACAGGAGACCAUGACAGCUAUGCUAACACUAGAAACCAUGGCCAGUGAAGAAGAAUAUGGGCCGAGGAACUGUGUGGUGUGUGGAGACCGGGCCACAGGCUAUCAUUUCCACGCCCUGACUUGUGAGGGCUGCAAGGGCUUCUUCAGACGAACAGUCAGCAAAACCAUUGGUCCCAUCUGUCCGUUUGCUGGAAGGUGUGAGGUCAGCAAGGCCCAGAGACGCCACUGUCCAGCCUGCAGGUUGCAGAAGUGUCUAAAUGUUGGCAUGAGGAAAGACAUGAUACUGUCAGCAGAAGCCCUGGCAUUGCGGCGAGCCAGACAGGCACAGCGGCGGGCAGAGAAAGCAUCUUUGCAACUGAAUCAGCAGCAGAAAGAACUGGUCCAGAUCCUCCUGGGGGCCCACACUCGCCAUGUGGGCCCCAUGUUUGACCAGUUUGUGCAGUUCAAGCCUCCGGCCUAUCUGUUCAUGCAUCACCGGCCUUUCCAGCCUCGGGGCCCCGUGUUGCCUCUGCUCACACACUUUGCAGAUAUCAACACGUUUAUGGUGCAACAGAUCAUCAAGUUCACCAAGGAUCUGCCGCUCUUCCGGUCCCUAACCAUGGAGGACCAGAUCUCCCUUCUCAAGGGAGCGGCUGUGGAAAUAUUGCAUAUCUCACUCAACACUACGUUCUGUCUUCAAACAGAGAAUUUCUUCUGUGGGCCUCUUUGCUACAAGAUGGAGGACGCAGUCCAUGCAGGGUUCCAGUACGAGUUUUUGGAGUCGAUCCUCCACUUCCAUAAAAACCUGAAAGGACUGCAUCUCCAGGAGCCUGAGUAUGUGCUCAUGGCUGCCACGGCCCUCUUCUCCCCUGACCCGGAGUUACCCAAAGAGAAGAGAUAGAUCAGCUACAAGAGGAGAUGGCGCUGAUUCUGAACAACCACAUUAUGGAACAACAGUCUCGGCUCCAAAGUCGGUAGGGAGGAAGGAGGCAGCGGAUUCGGAGGCUGCGCCGGGGGUAGGAAGGGAUCUGUGAAACACUGAGCUCCGGAUGGAUGCAUUUUACUGUUGUUUCCUUUGGGAAACCAGGUACUUAGGAAUCUAGACCUUCCCUCGGACCACCCCAUCCAUCGCACACAGUAUCCAGAUUGCUCAGACUGCUGUGUUGUCUCCCUUUUCCAAGUUGUUGGCUCCUGUUGUUGUUUUCAGUCAGUAGAGAUGCAAAGUCGUAGCUCAUGGCCUGGGUGUGACAGCUUUCCUGAGACUGGUGACAUUCCUUACCUCUCACCUCUCCGACUUUUCCAAACUAAAGUCAAAAUUUCAAAGUCUUGUUCAUUCUUUUGGCCCGCUCCUCUCCUUUGGGUCAAUUCCUUGAAGUUUUAGGUCCCCUUGAAAUUAGGAUCCGUCACACUUUCACGGACAGAGCCUAGUUCAACAGUGCAGGCUCAGACAUCUAUGCCACCUUCGCUCUGCUCAUUCCCUAAUGAAUCCGUUUGCUACGAGGGAGAUGCUUUAUACUAUAGAAUAACACAACCGCCUUCUAGAACUGGAUCUAGAAGGCCUCACCUUCAGAUUCUAUACAGUUGACGUUUUGGCCAAGAACUUCUUUUACACUUGACCUCAAAGCCCUGGGUUCAGGAAAAACUAGGCACAAUGAAGGAACAGUGUUGAUAGAGGCCCUUCUUGGGUAUGUCUGAGAUUUUCCAAGAUGUAGCUCCAGAGCAUCUGCUGCUCAGACUUAGCCUCUCUGAGGAGUGGUCCAGGGGAUAGGAACCUCAGGACAGGACUCCCAGCUGCCUUAUUUCCCUGGUAACCCUGCUCCUUCCUCCAAAGGUUUCUGUAUGCAAAGCUGAUGGGCCUGCUGGCUGACCUCCGGAGUAUAAACAAUGCAUACUCCUAUGAACUUCAGCGCUUGGAGGAACUGUCUGCUAUGACGCCGCUGCUCGGGGAGAUUUGCAGUUGAGGCCCAGGCUUGCAUCCUUUCCCCAGACCCCCAGGGAUACACUGGCCUGGAAAGGGUACAGCGCUGGACCCCACACGGGAACCAGCAGGAAGGAGCUUGGGAGUGGCAAUGAAAUGCUGAACAGUCA